CCGCCACAUCUGCAAGGGAGCCUCGCCGCAGGUCGAGUGAUGGAUGAGUGAGAGGAAAGAUGGCGGAGAAGGUGCACAAGAGUGUGAAGAUUGCACCUGGAGCUGUUGUUUGUGUGGAGAGCGAAAUCAAAGGAGAUGUGACUAUUGGGCCUAGAACAGUGGUGCACCCCAAAGCCCGAAUCAUUGCAGAAGCUGGACCAAUUGUGAUUGGGGAAGGUAAUCUCAUAGAAGAACAGGCAAUUAUAAUUAAUAGCUAUCCUGAAAACAUAAUUCCUAAUACAGAGGAAGUAGGAACCAAAUCGAUGGUCAUAGGCACUAAUAAUGUGUUUGAAGUUGGCUGUUAUUCUCAAGCAAUGAAAAUAGGAGAUAACAAUGUAAUUGAGUCAAAGGCGUUCGUUGGUAGAAAUGUGAUCCUGACAAGUGGCUGCAUUAUCGGUGCCUGCUGCAACGUCAACACAUAUGAAGUCAUCCCUGAGAACACUGUCAUCUACGGAGCAGAUUGUCUUCGUCGGGUGCAAACCGAGAGGCCACAGCCACAAACAUUACAGCUGGACUUUCUCAUGAAAAUCCUCCCAAACUAUCAUCAUCUCAAAAAGAUGAUGAAAGCAACAUCAACUCCUGUGAAGAACUGAAAGCCUUCCUGAAUCAUGGUCAAAAUUAUAUCUGGCAUGUGCUACUUGCUUUCUGGACUUUGUGUUUGGAGAACUAACUUUUUUUUUUGUCUGGAAAUUUGCUCAUGCAAUUAUGCAGCUUAAUUUUAUUUAUUAAAAUAUAAAAAAUAAAAUGCGCCAUUGUCACAUUCCCCUUGA